AUGUUCCUCAAGCGCAAACGAUCAGAGUCUGACCUCUCCUUGAGCUCAACUUUGCCGUCCCCAUCAGCCGGAACAUCCAACGACCAUGGCUUCGACCUGAGCGCAAUUGCUUCUGUCAUCAACAGCCAGAAGUCAUUUUCUACUAUUCCUUUAUCCACGCCAUCCCAUCUUCAUAGCCGCACCAUGAAGCGGUACCGCAACAACCGGCCUUCUGAGGAAGAAGUUCAUCAACGGACCCUGAGCUUGCUGUAUGCAGCCCAACAGCAGCAACAACAGCAGCAACACCACGAACAACACCAAGCCGCAAGCCCAGCCUUGAAACCCCACCAGCAGCAGCAACUAAGCACUGUCAACGCCGUAAGGCCGACUGUCACACCCCAAAAGCAACAGCAAGCCAGUCGCGGUCAACAGCGAUCACUUCACAGCUUCUGGAACCUCCCUGCUGCCCCAGUCACGACAAGUUCCUCCCACAUUUUUCCUGCAACAUCAUCGGACAACUCUGGCAACAUCCUUCUAGAUACUCCUACAAGCUGCGAGGACUGUGGGGCAGGGCCGAGUGGGAACAGUAAUGGUAGCAGUGGGAACAGCCAUGUCAAGAGAAGAAGAGAAGGAGGAGGUGACCACGACGUCGAUAUGAUGGAUAUUUCUACUACCCAGGACGGCUCCGGAUAUGAACAAGGGAACGACGAAUACGACAGUAGCUUAUCUCAAUGCGAAGCUUGUGGGAAGAUGGUUUGUUUCAGUUGUUCCAUCAGCAAUUUGGGAGAACACAGGAGAUGUUUGGCUUGUGCUGAGAGAAGAGUCUGGGUUGGCUAA